AUGGCCGUGGGAACUAAGCGUAUGUUGCAGCAGAACGUGAUAGUUCGCAAGCUUAACUCCCUGGAGGCUCUAGGGUUGGUCACAGAUAUUUGCUCCGAUAAAACUGGAACAUUGACCCAGGGCAAGAUGGUCGUCAAGAAGGCUCGGAUCCCUUCACGAGGUACGUAUUCUGUUGGCUCCAACAAACCCUCCAACCCUACAGUUGCUGAAACAUCAUUGGCCCUUGCGGCUCCCACCCAGUUUGACGAAAUGAAAGAGGAGACCACUUUGGAAGGUACGGGGACUCAGAGAAGGGAAUCCGAAGUUCGCAGAUUUCCUUGA